AUGCAAUCCAAUAAUGAGUCAAUAAAUGAAGAAUCUAUAAAUUCGUUUGAACAAUUUUUAAAAGAAAGUGGAUUAGCCAAUCAACAAAAUAAUAUUCAAAAUCAAAUAACAAUAAUUUGUACACCAAAUAACGAUACUUUACAAACUUUUUUGGAAUGCUGUUUUAAACCGGGUGGAGCUACUUUAAAUUAUUUGGAUACUCUUGGAUAUAAUUCUACAUCCUUGGUUUACGAACAAAAUAUUAUAGACGAUGAAAUACAUGCUACUAAUAACAUAGAAGGCAAAGACCUAGUAGUUGCCAAUAACCUAAUCCUACAAACUGAAUUUUACUCAAUUAAGCAUCCAUUAGACACUCAAGAAUUAGAAACACUAUCAUUAUUGUUAAAAGAUACAGACGAAACAUCGAUACAAUGGUGGGUUUUACUUGAUUGGUCCAUUGGUGACCAGUCAUGUUGGUUGAAUCAAAUCAAAUCUACUUUUAAAACUAUCGAAGAAUUUAAUAAGCAUAAAACAUACGAAUUUACCCUAUGGACUGUCAAUUCAGAGCAUAUGUAUUCAUUACAAAGGAAUUUUGGCCUUUGGAGUUUUAGUCAUAUGAAUUUCAUUCAACAAACUUUACGCUCUUUAUGCUUGAAAUUCAAUGCAUCUCUAAUAUAUAUAGAUACUACAGAAUCGCAUGCUAAACAUCAAUGUAUUGCUCAAGCUGUCUUGACUAAUUGUAUUGAAUCGACUACCCCCGAGAUGGUGAACUCCUCUUCUAUUCUUAUUCCAAAAAUAAAGACACACCUGGUCUUAUUAAAGUUUUAG